UCUGAACUGGGAAGUGUUUGAAAUACUGGGAGGAUUAUCUGGAGUGAUUGCAUCUUAUCUAAAAUACUGCAUCAUUUUAUCAUUCAUUUUCUUGCUGACUGGGUUGAGCCAGAGGUUUUGCUUUGUUUCCCACUCCAAAAAAAGUCUCCUGUUGUUAUGAGAAUAUAGCGCAAUGGUGGUCGCAGGUCACUCAGCCUCUCUGGCGCUGCUGUUGUCAUUCGCUUUUGGUGCUGCAGAUGCCAUUCGAGCUCUAAAAGGUGGACCCAUUGUUGAUGCCGAAGGAAGGGAAUUUAAAUCUGCCACAGCAAGAACUGAUGCAGAAAGCUUCAGCAGACCACAAUCCAAUGAUGGAUCCUCCAUUCGUGUACAAUGCACGGAAGCGUCCAUGAUCAUUGUGGUAAAUGCUGACCUGUAUAAAACUGGGCGUCUCAUGUCUCCUGGAGACCUUUUUCUGGGGGAGGCCGAGCAUUCGGAGACCAGUCAGUGCCGAGCUUUUGCAGUUAGUGACUCUGAAUAUGUCAUUGAAGCCAGACUGCAGGACUGUGGCUCCAAAUUAAGUAUAUCUGAGGACUCUGUGAUCUACUCAAACAAACUGAUAUUCUCACCAGCUGCCAGUUACCAUGGCAUUACAAGGAUGACCUCUGCUGUAGUCCCUGUUUCCUGUCACUAUAAAAGGACACACUUUGUGAGCAGUAACACUCAGCAGCAGCCCCUGACCCUCUCCACUUCUGCACAGCAUUCAACAGGGAACUCUGCUUUUUCCUUAAAGCUUAUGGCCGAUGACUGGAAGAGUGAGACGUUCUCCAGUGUCUUCUACCUUGGAGACCUCCUGCACCUCAUGGCAUCGUACACUGGUCCUGAUGCAGGACAAAGACGACUCUUCAUCGACAGCUGUGUUGCCACUCUAACACCUGACGCAACAUCAGUACCCAGAUACUACUUCAUUGAAAACCAUGGGUGUGUCACUGAUGCUAAAGAGGAAGGAUCAAACACACGGCUCAAACCCAGAACGAGGGCUGAUUUGCUUCAACUGCAGCUUGAUGCCUUCUUGUUUCACCAUGAUCCAAGGAACUCGAUAUUUAUCACUUGUCAACUGAAAGCUACCUCUGAAAUCUGGAAGAGCAGCCCUAUCAGCAAGGCAUGCAAUUAUGUACAUUCAAGAUGGGAAAAUGUGGAUGGGCAUGUUGGGGUGUGUCAAUGUUGUGACAGCACCUGCCACAAAAGAUCAGUCGACGAUACGAUGGUUUGUGGUACUGUGACUCUUGGCCCAUUGAUGAUUUUUCCCAGCAAGUAAGCAACGAAGAAAUGUCUGGACAAUAAACGGCAAACCUUCAGUGCCUUAUUUCACUUGGCGUGGUGGUUUUUCAAAUCAUUCACACAGGGUCAAAGAGGACAUUACACUGUUAGGUUACUGAAAAUAUUUUGCAUCUAGUCUCAAUACUAUAUAAGGUUUUGAUGAGCUAAGAAUUUAUUGUCCAGUUGCUCAAUAUGAGUAGUAUGAUUUGUUGUUUUAUGACUCUCAAUCAGUAUCACCUAGAGCAAUUAUCAUUACAGAACAGUAUUUAUUGUUGUUUUUGUAUUCUGUGAAUGAGAAAAGUAAGUAAAAGGAUAAGAAUG